AUGUCAAAACCAGCUCUACGACCUCCCCUCUCUUCAUCAACCCGAUCAACUCUACUACGAGACCAUGGACUAAUUUUCGCUGUCUGGGCGCUGCAGAAGUUGGUGAUCUUCGCUCUCUCCCUCACCUCCAAAUAUGCCUACGACUCCUCCACCACCAUCCUCUUCGACGCCAACUCCGACAAUGGCUGGUCACACCUUAGGUGGCUAACCGAAAGAUAUACACGGUGGGAUACGCUGUAUUUUACCGAGUUGAGUAGACGCGGGAAUGUGUGGGAACAGGAGUGGGCAUUUGGGAGGGGGUGGUGGGGGUUGGUCGGUGUCGUUGCGGAAGGAAUCUCGCCGCCGCUGACAGGCAUACUCCUAUCCCAUCUCUCGCAUCUGGGUGCGGUGUUUAUGUUGUACAACCUCACCCAAAGCCUCCAAUUUUCCCGACAUCACGCCCUCCUGACAUCCCUCCUCCACGCUCUAUCUCCUGCAGGGAUCUUCCUCGCCGCAGGAUACACGGAAUCCCUCUUUGCUCUUCUCUCAUUCGUUGGGAUGUUGCUCUACAGCAAACGCACUUGGUGGGCCGAUUUCCUUGCGGCGGUGGUGUGGGGGUAUAGCGGUACAGUACGCUCAACCGGGAUUUUCUACGCCGGAUUCUGGGCUUGGAGGGGGGUUGUUGAGCCUGUUCUCAUAUCGAGUUCACUGCGGAAGGGGGCUUUGGGUCGGGUGGUGUGGUUCGCAUUCCUCGGCGUCAUCGUUCUAUCAGGCUUUGUCUGGACCCAGUGGGAAGCGUACCAAAUCUAUUGCCCUGGACGUCCGUGGUGCGAUUCGCGUCUACCCAUGAUCUACAAUUUCGUACAAUCGCACUAUUGGGCUGUCGGGUUCUUGAGGUAUUGGACGCUGAACCAAGUUCCGAUGUGGAUCCUCGCGGGGCCGAUGUUGGCGCUCUCGACGCUUUCGACCGUGCAUUACGCCAAGUAUGCAACACGGAACGUGGAGUUGGUGCCCUUUGUGGUACUACAGGCCUUCUUGAUUUUGGUGGCAGUGACGACGAUGCACGUACAGAUUUGGACGAGGGUUAGUUCGUCGAGUGUUCCUACGUACUGGUACGCUGCAGAUAUCGGGCGGGGUGUGAAUUGGGGAAAAGUGAUUGUUGGGUUCUUUGUAGGGUAUAAUUGGGUGCAGGCGUUGCUUUACUCGAGGUUCUUGCCCCCGGCGUAG